AUGGCUGCAUCGAAUGCCGAUAUUCUCUUAACAGUUCAAUAUAUUCAACAAAUUAGAGAUAUUCAAAAUCAGAUCCAGGGCAUCAAUAAUGCUAUUGCUGUUCGAUCCGUUGCAGGUCUAUCAUUUACUGACUUACAGCGUGCACGACGGUCACGUGAAGGAGAACUUCAGCAAGCACAACAAUCUUUAUUAACUCAUCUUACUUACAUUGCUGAAUCGACUCAAGAAAAUUAA